AUGACUAUUAGCGAAGUAUCCAUUUUCAGUUUAAAUCCAUGCCAAUAUGGAGCUGAAUGUCAUGACUUGGACGAUGAACAACAUUGUCGUUCUUAUUCACAUCCACCAUUAUGUCAUCAAUCCGAUUCAUGCGAUCAAGUGAAAAACGAUGAAGUGCAUAAAAACUUUUUUAUCCACCGCACCAAAUGUCAAUAUGGUGGUCAAUGCAAGCAGAUCAAAGACGAAAAGCAUCGACGCCAAUAUGACCAUCCCGAAUAUUGUCCUCAAGCUAGUGGUUGUACAGACAUGAGUGAAGACCAUUUAAAGAACUUUUGCCAUUUACCACUUUGCAAGGACGGUGGUCCAAAUAAGUGUGCAUUGUUUCGUAAGAGUGAUCUUGAACAUUGUCGUUCCUUUCGUCAUUGUAACCCCAAAUGUCCUUUUGGUGGUAAUUGUGUCCAGUAUCAUGAUGAAGAUCAUUUUAAAAAUCAUUCACAUCCGUUUAAAACACCUUGUCCCCGGACGCCAUUUUCGUGUCAAUACCAUGUCGAGUUUUUACAAGCGAAGGAAAAACCUGCUGCAACAUUCAGAAAAGUCGUUGAAGAUCAUUGUAGUGAAUUCUCACAUGUUUGUCCGUUCGGACGAGAAUGUACUGAUACAACAAAACACCAUGCCUCUGUUUCGAUUCACAUUGCACGAAUAGUUUGUCCGCAAUUAGAUCAGUGUUCAAUGAUAACAGACGAAGAACAUUUAAAUUCGUUUUCUCAUCCCGGCGUGCAUGACAUUCGUUAUUUAUGUAACUAUCCAAGUUUCAAAUGUCGAGAUCGAUCGAAUAAUAAACACAUAAAACGUUAUCGUCACACUGGUAAUUAUGAUCACUUCGGUGUGGCACACUAUACUGGUCUCAAUAAACGCAUCGAUUUUGUACGAAAUCAAGAGGAAAUCACAAAAGCAGUUCGCACCUAUAUUAAAUCAGAAAAUUGGAAACACUGGAACAAUACCAUUCCAGAAGAAAUUACUAAUUGGAUUCGGGCAUUGCCGCCUGUUCAUCGAUGCAACAAAGCUAUUUUUGAAUCAAUUCUUGUUCAUGGAAAUGUUAUGAGUAGAGAUUAUAUGAAUCAAUUGCGUAAUCCACCAUUUGUGGUUAAUGCUGUCGAGCAGAAUGAUAAAAUACGAACGAUAUUAGCUCCACAAAAUUCUGUAGCACUUCUAAGUCAUGCCCACGAGUUCAUUGAAGCGCUAGUGACCAUCGAAUUUUAUAGAGCUGAUCACAAUAAAGCAGCUUACUUAGUAAACGAUGAGCACGUAAAUAAAAUCAAAAUAAAAGAAGCACAAUUGACAGGCUUUCUGAAAUCAGACGAAAUACAAAUCAUUCGAUCAUGUGCCAUAGAAAUUGCUCGAGCUUCUUUGAAACUGAAUAAUAAUCCAAUGGGAAUCGGACAUAUGCCUGAUAUUGAGCUUGGCACAAAUAAACAUGUCUUUAGCAUAUUGGGACCCAAUCUGGGGUAUUACUACGGCGAUGUUUUUAUUAUUUUUAAACGUGAGAUUAUGCAUCAUCCAGAUGCUAAUUUUUCAAUCCAAGCUGCGACCACAUACGGCCAAAGCACCAAUGCAUACAAAUUUAGGCCCUGGUUAAAGGAUCCGGGCACUCCUCAAGAUCGUAUAGAAGACUUUCAUCGAUCGAAAUUGCACUGUUCAAUACCAGGUUAUGAUAAUGCGGCUGCUCUAGAACUUGUGGCAUUGACUGGGUUAGAGAAAAAGACAUUGAAUGUAAAUCUCAGCGAUAUUCAAAAACGAUGGAUGUCCAUAGACGCACAUCUUGUAUUCGAAGCUCAUGUACCACAGCUGAUACCUUUGAACUACAUCGAUUGUGUCUACAUACCUAAAAAUUUAUUCCAAUCAAUGACACUAUUUGCUCAAGAAAUAGCCAAAAGCAUUUUUGGUGAUCGUCUUAUUCUUGCACCAUUCAAUGUUAAUCUUGGAAUUGAGAAAUCUAUGGAUCCUACUCGCAUACCUUAUGAAAAAUUUGUAAUUGAUGGAAUCGCGAAAAAAAUCACCCAAAAUCACUCGUAUUCACCUUUUGGUACUUUUAUCACCUUACCAGCUCACAAAUUCGAGCAAUAUGUAUGUAUGCCAAUUACUAUUUCUCAAUCAUAUCGUCAACAUCAGCUCCAUAAAAGUCAAAGUGAUACUAUAUACAUUUACUGGCAAGCAAUGGGUGGUGAUAUGAUGCUGACUCUCUCUAAUAAGUCAGUUGAUCUGAAGGACAAACAGUCAAAUAUUGACUGUUUGAUUUGCUACAUCGCCGAAAAGCCAACAAAUCAAGCUGUUACUGCCUAUCAUGAAUCCUGUUCGUACAUCACAUGUGGCCUUCCAUAUCAUCAUGAUAAGAUCGUGCACGAUUGUCGCUGUAUGAAAGCUUUGUCAUCUUCGUUUCAUCGUGGUUGCAACACUGAUGACUUCAUCUUUUAUUGUCUUGUGAUUAAACCACGAACGGGUGAAGUUAUACUGACACAUGUUGGUUCGAAUAAUAUUUAUAGUCAUCAGAAAAUUGCUUAUACAUUCCAGCGGUCUGAACUUGACUUGUCCACACUUGAAUAUGUCCACGUCAGUACAGGUGUUGGGAUUGUACCUGUGCGAAAUAUUGUUAUUCAACACGAAUCUAUCAAAGAAUAUCAUCCAUCUUUCGAUAAAGAAUUUAAGAAACAUGUUCAGAUAGCACCAUCCGAACCAACGUAUAGUUCACAAGUAUCUUCUGCAGAGAAACAAUCACCUAAGAAAUCAGUCUGGGAUAGAAUCGUAAAAAAAGUGCUUCCUGUCGCAUCUCUGAAGCCAUGUUCCGAUUCAGUUAAUUGUCUCUUACAAUAUUCACCUGAAGAAUCUAAAGAACACAAUGAGAAAUAUUAUCAUCCUUGUCGCUUUUCUGAACUAUGUCGAAACAAAUCCGAGCACCCCCACCUCAAACAUAUUGCGCAUUUGGUGCCCAUGUGCAAGUAUGAUGUAAAUUGCCGAGAUAAAACACAGCCGAUCCACCGCGCUCAAUUUCGGCAUUCAAGUUUGCCCGAUUAUCUUGUCCCAUGCCGACAUAAGCAAGCCUGCACAAUCGAAAAUUCGGACCAUCGGAUCAAGUAUUCUCACGGAGAAAAAGUACCCCUGCCAUCAUUGACAGGUUUGUAAAGGAGCACCCUAAGCUUCACUAAGCAAUAUUUUUGUUUAGAUGCGUCAGGAACAUAGUUUAUACCAUAACACUAUUCAUCAAUUCAUACUAUCUCCAGUAAAAGUUCUUCUUACAAAAGCUACCACGACCAUUGAUCUGUCUGAAAAUCAGCAUUUUUCAUAUUGACACUUAAAAACCAUACUUAACCUGCGUGUAAUAAGUCUUUGCACAA